AAUGGCUGAGGAGGGAUCACCUGCUUUGAGGAAGCCUGUGUUCACCAAAGUUAAUGAGCUGAGACCAGGAACCAAUGGUCACUCAUUGAACGUGAAAGUUAUCAGCACGAAGACGGUGAUGCAGAGAGGAGGAGGAGGAGGAGGUCGUCCCAGUGGUCCUCAGGCUCGUCAGAUGCGUAUUGCUGAAUGUCUUGUUGGUGAUGAGACUGGUAUCAUUAUCUUCACUGCCAGAAACGAUCAAGUGGAUUUGAUGAAAGAAGGCAAGAUAGUGACGCUGCGCAAUGCGAAGAUUGACAUGUACAAGGGAUCUAUGAGGCUUGCAGUUGAUAAAUGGGGCCGUGUUGAAGUGGAAGAGGAGCCAACAGACAUCACUGUUAAGGAAGAUAACAAUCUUUCACUCAUUGAGUAUGAGCUUGUGAGCGUCGAAGCUUGAUUUUGGUUCAGCCAGCAACCAGAAAGAAAGCAGAGUGUGAUUCAGAAGUUAGAUUCUUCUUUAGUUGUAGAAGCAAUAUCAGCUUCUCUCUCUCUCUCUGCUUUGAGUUUUUGCGUGUAUCAGAAUUUGCAGGUGGGUUUGUUAUGAAAAUCAGGUUGCAGGUUUUUUAUUCUAUGUAGAUUGAGAUUCUCUCUUAAAAUGCCAUGUUUAUUAUUCGCUUGUUUUAGUUUUGG